GAUCGCCGGGGCAGGGGUCGGCUCGCAGGCCAGCGGCGUCCGAGUCGGUGUCCGGGUCCUCCCCGCCCCUCGCUCUCCGAGGAGCCUUUUCCGCGAAGCCGGGGCGAUGCCCGGGAACCGGGACCUGAGGGUCCGCUCCGGGAACCAGCCGCGCCCCGCGCCCGCCAUGGAGCCGGCGGCUGGCGGCGCCUGGGCCCACAGCCGCGCCGCGCUCAACCGGCUGGAGACGCUGCUGCGCUGCUCGCGCUGCACUAAUAUUCUGAAGGAGCCUGUGUGUUUAGGAAGAUGUGAACACAUAUUCUGUAGUAACUGUGUAAGUGACUGCCUUGGAACCGAAUGUCCAGUGUGUAAUACCCCAGCCUGGAUACAAGAUGUGAAGAUAAACAGGCAGUUGGACAGCAUGAUCCAGCUCUGUAGUAAGCUCCGGAAUUUGCUGCAUGAGAAUGAGCUUUCAGAUUUAAAAGAAGAAACAUCCAGGAAAAGUUUAUUUAAUCAUGCAGAAAGUAAGAAGAAUUCAAUAAAAAUGUGGUUUAGUCCUCGAAGUAAGAAGGUCAGAUACGUUGUAAGUAAAGUUUCAGUACAAACUCAGCCUCAAGUGAUAAAUGAUGAAAAUGCUCAGCAGGCCUCGACGUAUGAAUAUGUUUCUAUGAGUCCUCCAGUAGACUCUUCUGCGAGAGCUAAAAAGGCUUCUACAAGAUCUGGGAAAAAACAGAAAAAGAAAACUUUAACUAAAAUCAACCAAAUGUGGAAUUUAGAGGCAGACAAAAAAGAUGGUCAACUUGACUCCAAAGAGAAAUUUAAGGAAAAGCUGGUAUCUUUCUCUGUCCAACCAUCUGUUAAUGCUAGUCCUCAGAGAAACGGUGAAAUAGACUUAUUAGCAAGUGGCUCUGUGGCAGAAGAUGAAUGUUUUGGAAACUUAACCGAAGUCUCUUUACCAUUGGCUGAGCAAAUAGAGUCUCCAGAAAUCGAGAGCAGGAAUGAAGUCCUGACUCCUGAGAAGAAUCUCUGUGAAAAUGAUCUUUCAUCUAAGAACGGAAAACGUGGGCGUCACAGGAGACUUUCCAAUCCCAUUGCUAAGAGAUGCAGAAGCAGCAUUCCCAGCACCAGUGAGAAUGUUGUUAAGCAAACAGGGCUCUCGGAAAACAUCCCAUUGCCUGGCUCUUCUUUGCAGCCUUCAAGCAAACUUAAAGUUGGAGACAGAGGAAGGAGGAAAACCAGAACUAUAUUGGAUGAAUCCAUGAGCUCCUCACCAGGUACACCACCUUCCACACUGAAUAGUACAAAUUACGGGCGAAUGCUGUCCAGCCCCUCAGCCAUGAAACUGACACCCGGUAACCUUACGACUGUGAAAAGAAAUCAUAAGGGCGAGACUUUGCUCCAUAUUGCUUCAAUUAAGGGCGACAUACCUUCUGUUGCAUACCUCUUACAAAACGGAAGCGACCCGAAUGUUAAAGACCACGCUGGCUGGACACCAUUGCAUGAAGCCUGCAGUCAUGGGCACCUGAAUGUAGUGGAAUUGUUACUCCAGCACAAGGCUUUGGUGAACACCCCUGGGUAUCAGAACGACUCACCACUCCACGAUGCGGCCAAGAAUGGGCACAUGGAUAUAGUUAAGCUGUUACUGUCCCAUGGAGCUUCCAGGAACGCUGUUAACAUAUUUGGUCUGCGACCUGUGGAUUAUGCAGACAGGGAGACUAUGAAAUCGCUAUUGCUGCCGCCAGAGAAGAAUGAAUCAUCAUCCACUCGCCAUUGCUCAGUAGUGCAUGCUGCUCAGCGUAGGGAUGGACCUCUUGUACUCAUAGGCAGUGGGCUUUCUUCAGAACAACAGAAAAUGCUCAGUGAGCUUGCAGCAAUUCUUAAGGCUAAAAAAUGUGCUGAGUUUGACAGUACAGUGACUCAUGUCAUUAUUUCUGGUGAUACAGUUCAAAGUACCCUGAAAUGUAUGCUUGGGAUUCUCAAUGGAUGCUGGAUCCUGAAAUUUGAAUGGGUGAAGGCAUGUCUACAAAGCAAACAAUGCGAACAGGAAGAGAAAUAUGAGAUUCCUCAAGGACCACAGAGAAGCAGGCUCAACCGCGAACAGCUGUUGCCAAAGCUGUUUGAUGGAUGCUACUUCUACUUUGGGGGAAUCUUCAAACACCAUCCCAAGGACAACCUUAUUAAGCUCGUCACUGCAGCUGGGGGCCAGAUCCUCAGACGAAAGCCCAAGCCCGACAGUGAUGUGACUCAGACCAUCAACACAGUCGCCUACCACGCCAAACCCGAUUCCGACCAGCGCUUCUGCACGCAGUACAUCAUCUACGAGGAUGUGUCCAGUCACCGCCCAGAGAGGGUUCGUCAGGGCAAAGUCUGGAUGGCUCCUUCCAGCUGGUUUAUAGAUUGUGUGAUCUCCUUUGAGUUGCUCCCUCUUGACAGCUGAGUACUACGCCACAGGCACACUUCAGAUUGAAUGUAGACAGUGUGAGGACCCAGCCUUUUCACUGUUUUGAUCAUUCUCAUUUUUUAAAUAGGUAGACUGAUUCAUAUUUUUUCCCCUUGAAUUAAAAAACAAUCUUAUGCCAGAUUAGGAAUUUAUUCUGUGUUUACCAUUUAGAUGCUGAGAUUGCAUUGAAGGAUUAUCUUUUUAAACCUGAUAUAUGUUUUGAUUCAUCAUGUCUUUGUACUCAAAUUGUCAGCUAUCAAAGAUUAAUGAGAGGGUAUCAGAACUAUUGGUUGAUAUAACAAGUGGUGUCAGUAAUGUCUCAGUCUUUCAAUGUUUCUUUGAUGAAAUAAUCUAUGCCUGCCACCAGCAGAAAUUGUCAUUCUUUAGUAAACAAAACAUUGUCAGAUAAUUUAUUGUUAUGAAAAUACAGUACCUGGUAGGUGUUAACUUUUUCUCCUCUCUUCAGUUGUAUUCAUUUUACAUUGUUUCUUAUAACUUAGUUUCUUAUAAUUUUCUUGGAUGUCUGUAGCUACAUUUUUAUCCCUUAUUUUUAUCUUGCUUCUUUAUCAGGAAAUCAUGAUUUGAACCUUAGCGUUAACUGUUCUUUGGUGAUGAAAGUCAGCAUUGGCUCAUGGCACAUAUUUUUAUUGUAUGCACUUGCUUAUUGUUGCUGCUGUAUUUAUCUCUAUGAAUACAUAAUUCAAGCAUUUUCUCCAACAUAUUUUAGUAUCAAUAUUUCUUAGAAUGUCUCACCAGACUAGCAAAUUGUCAAUCAAAUGGUAGACCUUUCUACCUAUUGCUAAAAUAAUUUUUAAAGGUCUUAAUUUCUUCCUUCAUAAGGUUUUUUAUUAUUGUUGUUCCUUCCUUCCUUCCUUCCUUCCUUCCUUCCUUCCUUCCUUCCUUCCUUCCUUCCUUCCUUCCUUCCUUCCUUCCUUCUUUCCCUCCUUCCCUCCUUCCUUCCUUUUUCUUUUUCUACGACUACUACUACUACUACUACUACUACUUUUUAAAUUUUUAGGUUGCUGUGGAGGCAGAAGUUGGGGAUUACUUUAUUUAGAACAGAUUUUAUCCAGAUGGCACAAAAGGCCAUAACAGUAAGUCUAGAGGUAGGAGUGGGAAGAACUUACUCACAAUAGCAAAAUAGUCAAGGCUGCGGAGUAGUGGACAGCAGGCCACCUGAGAAUGGGGAGACCUGGGAGGUUACUCCAGUCUGAGUGUUCUCCUUUGUGGAUCUGCAAGGUACAUUAGGUCAUUUAAAGACAUGUUUUAAGAAGUCUUCCUACAAAUUAAAUGUUCUUAAACUCUAAGGACAUGGAAGGAAGAUACUGUGACACCUGUCAGCUUGGUCACUCCUGGGCCAAGGGGACAGUUGGAUGACCUCUGGACUGGAAUACUGAGAGCCUGAAGUUAAUGGACAUUUUAAGAUUCAUUUAUUUUAAAGUUGAAGAGUCUAGAUUAUUCAAAAUAAAUUUUACUUUAGUUUCUUCUUAGACAUGUUACUUCUCGAUAUCAAGAAAUAUAUUAUGUGAAUACAGUAAUGUACUGCUAACCCUGACCUUCAAGGGUGAAUUAGCUCUGAAACUCCAACCAGUAAUGUGUUUGUCCUGCAUUUCAUUCUAAUGGAGAAUGAGGAACACCACAGCACCGAACAAAGCUGAGGGUUAGAUAAUGUCUGGGUGGAAGAAUUUAAGAUGCUCUGGGAUUUGGGUUGUCAUUUUUGAUUUAUAACUGACUUUUCAUCAUUUUCUAUUAGCUCAUUGGUCGCAUUCCUGGACAGGUGUGUGUCUGUUCCUCUGAUCUGAAUCCCUGUUUGUAAAAACCCCUUUGGGGAUGUUGCUCACUUUUCUUUAUUCCUUUUCUUGGUCUGUCCUCCUCGCUCUUUGUCGUAUUUUUUCCCCCACUAUUCAGGAGUUUUAUUUUUGCUUUCUUUAAAUACUUAUUUUUAUGGCAGUGGAUUGAUGUCAGACUCUUGAAACUUGUACUUUCUGCAUAGAUAUACUUGUAAUUAUUUUUAUUUCUAAUCAUAGAUUCAAGCAUCCUUUUAUUUACCUUAAAUUAUUAAAGUUAUUUGUGUUUCUGUAUCUUCUUAGGGGUGUUUUAUUCUGCUCCUGGAGAUGGAGACUCAGUAAGACUUGUGAGGAAAUCUUUCAGCUAAUAAACACUUAUCUUUUGAAACACUAAUGCUUUUUAAUUGAUACCU